CUCCAAAUAUGAUCAAAAAUUUACUGUAUAAUCUAUGCUACCUUCCGAACGAUGGUGGGCAUUCUGUCUAUGCUCAACGAAAUAUUGACGUUAUUCCAAUGGACAUAGACGCACAGUCACCCUUCCCCAAACAAAUCGCAAGCUCCACGAAUACAUGUGUAAUGCACUUGCAAAGCGUAAUCAUCACUGCACCAUUACCUCAGUCGACGUUCUCCUCGCCACAGAUUACUAAAAUCGAUCCCUUCGAUCUAUCAGAUCUUACAAGGGCACUUCCAAAUUAUUAUCCGCCGGCGCACUCGGUAGAGGAACAAUUAGCACAGCAAUUAACCAAGUUGUUGUUGUGA